AUGUCUUCUGCGCUGUCAGUGCGGGUCCGCCAUCUUCCGGAUCCGCUUCCCCACGAUGAGGAGCUCCUGUUGAAAGCCACACCGCUGGCACCCUCGCUCCAGCAACGCGCUGGCGCCCAUCCCCCAAGCUGCCACACUCGUCGCGGGGUGUGCACGACACCUGGAGUCGAGGCGUCUGGGCGGCACUGGCAGCUGGAUGUGUGCUUCGCCGGCGGCCCAGCCUCUGGCGGUGUAUUCCCCCUCCAUUCACCCAGUGCCGAGGGAGUCGACACUGGCAGCUUCAUCGCCCUCGCCGGGCGGCUAUAUGGCCCACCAGGAGUCGAUGGUAGCGAGGCGCCCGCGAUCUGUCACCUUAAUAGCGAACUGGAGGCGCUCCAUUCGCGCGAAUAUGACAUCCCCUCCGGGGAAUUCUCCCAGCUGGUGGCCAGUCGCCUGUCCGCCCCCAUUCGGCGCCUAAUGGGCGAGUGGAGCCUGGUGAUCUUUGACCGCGACUGGAGAUUGGUAUGCGUGAAUGCGCCCCGUGCGGAGGUCGAUCGCUGCUCAGAUCCCACGACCCCUGGGACAGGCGUGCCAGCAGUCUGUCUCCCGGGACGCACGGUCCUGGACUUGUCGCUGGCGCGGGUUCUUUGGUUUGGUGCUCGAGGCCAGGGCAUUCUCCACUCCACCGGUCGACCCUACUGGGUUCGGGCGUCGACGCUUCUGGUGGGCACCGGAGCCGAUGAGCUCUUCGGCGGGUAUACGCGCCAUCGGCGAGCAUUCGAGCGCGGUGGAUCGACUGGUCUGGAAGCCGAGCUUCGCGCCGAUUUGAUUCGACUGCCGGGUCGGAACUUUGGUCGAGACGAUCGAGCAGUCGGGGCCUGGGGCCGGCAUCUCUCGGCGCCAUUUGCCUGUGAGCGUUUGAUGCGCGAGGUGGCCGGCUGGCCGGUGGCCUGCCGGGCGCCCUUCCAUGAAGAGGACGAAGGGGAGGGAGGAAAAGAAAAAGCCAGGCCCCCCGCGCUUCUCCGGGCAGACAAACGGCCGAUUCGAGAAUUGUGUGACACGCUGAUGCGUGAAAAUGCCAACUCGUGCGACUUGACUCCUUCCGCUUCGGCCAAUCGCCCGAAGCGAGCGAUGCAGUUCGGCUCGCGCGUGGCCGAUCCUCGGGAAAAUGGUGCCGACCAUGCCUUUUAA